AUGUUUCUUGUCGCAGUGGCCCGCCCCCGAUAUGAUCAUCAUGCCAAGAAGAUGUGGGAUGGCAAGGUGGGCGUUAGGCCGUUCAUACGUGCUGCUCUUGCUCUGCGAAGUAGCAAGAAUCGACCCAAAGGUACCCCUGUGACAGUGCCAGUGACUAUCGAUCCAAAAGUGUACUUUGAUGCUGUCGUUAACAAAGUUGUUUCUGCAAUUUUGUCGAAAUUCCCCGGUUGUCGCGACCGUGGCUACGUGUCGAUUCAACAAGACAACGCGAGCCCACACAAGUGCGUUACGACAGAGCUGCUUCAUGCGCAAGGCUGCGAUGCUUCUCGCUACGAGAGCGCAUUAACUCAUUUGCAUGAACGCCUAGGCGAGGAAGCUCACAUGGAGGCAAUGGUGAAUUCGCUCGACAGGCUCUUAGAGCCUGUUCGGGGAAAAUACCGAGACUAA